GCUGCAUACAAACCCCUCCUGGUGAUGGCUCGCGGUUGCCAUGACAACGCCACGCUGUUUACCUAGCGUCCUACUUUCUUCUGCUCGUUCAAGAGGUGGCGAAAUCGCGUUCAAGCCAGAGGAAAGCUGUCAUGUCCGAACUGCCCCAGCUCAAAACCCUAAAAUGGGAGACGGAGGUCGGCGGGGUGCCUCCAGAAGGAAGCCACGGUCUCAGAGGCAAAGAAACAACCGGCAGGACUAAGGACUCUGUGAGUACUGCGUCUUACUCGGAUGAACUAGCGCACCAUGACGACAACGCCCGGAUGACCACAACGAUGGAGAACACCUACCAGCUGGGACCUUCCAAACGCAUCCCUGUUCCCGCUGUCACAGAAAUACUGAAAGAUGUACUUACCAGUUAUCUUCAAUUGGAGAAAUAUGAAGUAGAAUGGUCUCGAAAAAUGACAAAAACAAUAUGUGAGGUGAUAAAAUCCCGUGUGAAAGAACUCAUGAUUCCCAGAUAUAAGAUUGUCGUCCUGGUCACCAUCGGCCAGCUCACCGGGGAGAGCAUGCUAAUCAGCAGCCGCUGUCUGUGGGAUGCAUCUAAUGACACUUUCGCCUCAUACUCCUUCAAGAACAGCUCUCUGUUCGGUUUGGCAACUGUCUAUGCGGUUUACUUUGAGUGACCUGAGCAGACAUUGAAUACAAUCACUUUAUGCAUUUAUCUAUACAAAAAGAUUGCUGGUGGUGGAGAGCUCUGUAUCCAUGUUGUAUAUUUUGCCAUGUAAGAAGUUAUAAAGCAAGAUUUCUUCAGCAAAA